CAGUCCACAACAUCCCCAACACAACCAGAACAUCACAAGACAGUGAUGUUCAGCCCUCCAUGCGGAGGACUCGCACUGGAGGAUUGCAGCAGUACUUGAUCCACCAAGACAAGAUGAAGUUCUUAUUAAUCUCACUGUCACUACUGUUGGUGACUGUAUUUGCAGCUGAAGAGUCCUGUGAGCACCGGUGUCAGAGUGGGUUUGACCCUAAUAAGAAAUGCCAGUGUGACAUCAUGUGCAAAUACUAUGGGAGCUGUUGUCAGGAUUUUGAUACCACAUGUCGCACCUCAAUAGCACGUGGUGAUACAUUUGCGGAUUCUGAGGUGGAAGAACAACAGUUUCUUACCAUGAGCACAACAGAAAGCGCAACCACUGUUGCUCCAACGCAGAGAACAACAGCACCCGCCACAACCACUCACGGUCCUACCCCACCCCUGGACCCAGAUGCAGUCACUUGCAGCGGACGGACCUUUGAUGCAUUCCUGCAACUAAAGAAUGGCUCCAUCUAUGCCUUCAGAGGUGAAUACUUCUUUGAGAUGGAUGAGAGGUCUGUGGUACCAGGAUACCCAAAACUCAUCAAGGACGUAUGGGGCAUCCCAGGGCCCAUCGAUGCAGCCUUCACACGCAUCAACUGCCAGGGAAAGACCUAUAUAUUCAAGGGUAAUAAAUACUGGCGUUUUGACAAUGAUGUUCUGGAUGAAGACUAUCCCAGGGAUAUCUCAGUAGGAUUUGAGAAGAUGCCAGAUGAUAUUGAUGCAGCUUUUGCCAUCCCUGCUCCAGGCCACCAUGGAAAAGAGAAAGUUUAUUUUUUCAAAGGGGACCAGUACUACCAGUAUGAGUUUAAACACCAGCCAUCACACGAAGAAUGCAUCCAAAUGACAAAGUCUGCCCCCUCUGUCCUCUUCAGCCGUUACACAGACACAUACUGUGACUACGACUUGGGGGACCUGUUAUCAUCGCUCUUCUUCGACUUUCAAGGACAUCACAAAGGUCCCCGCUUUAUCUCCAAAGACUGGGUGGGAAUCAAACCGCCCGUGGAUGCUGCAAUGGUGGGCCGACUAUACAUGAGUCCCGUGCCCUCCCCUACACCUGAGACAGAUUCUGGCCCAAUCAGGCGACCGGCCAGAAGAAGGAGGAAAGGCAGAAGGAGAAAGAGUCGCUCUCCGUUUUGGGACUUUGUACUGGAUUAUGAGGACGGGUAUCACGGAGCAAGGAGUCGUAAGAAAGGGCAGAAGAAAGGCCGCGGAAAACGCCCGGAGACGUUGUAUGAGUAUGACCUCUUCCCCGACUCUUUGGAGUACACAGACAUGGAUCUCCCCCAGGAGAAGGCCAUGCCUGUGCAAAACGUCUACUUCUUUAAGAGAGAUAAAUAUUACAGGGUGGACCUCCAGACCAAACGCAUUGACUACGCCAACCCCCCAUACCCAAGAUCUAUCGCCAAAUACUGGCUGGGGUGUAAAGAGAAGGAUCUGGCAGAAAAGAGAUGAGAUACAGAUUUUUAUGGAUUAAAAAAAACAGUUUUUGAGGGCUGCAUGCGUCUUUAAGUGCGUGCUGAGGUGAAAGUAAUUAGCAACAUGUAGUAAAAGUAAUUAGUGAUCCAAUAAUUAAACCCUUUUAAAUGCUUUUGUUGAUUAGUUAAGGGAUGGUAUACAAAAUUAAUGAAAACUCCAGAAGAAUUGACUAAAAUAGUUUCUGUGCAUUGUAAGGUGUGUAAUUACCAUAUUACGGUUAUGUCACACAGUCAAUAGUAAUUAAAACAGACCUCCUGAACAGUUA